UGCAUAAUCCUUCUAUUUGCCCAGAGCUACAUUUUGUCCAGAAACUCUGUGACCUGAGAAGGCACCCAGCAAGAACUGGACAAGCAGCAGAGUCCACCAGAGAACAAGAGUUGGUUUUCCAAAGCCUCACAGAGGGAUGGAGGCCCACAACACAUCUGCCGCCCUCAACUUCACCCUGCCGCCCAACUUCGGCAAGCGCCCCACGGAUCUGGCCCUCAGCGUCAUCCUGGUGCUCAUGCUGCUCAUCACGAUGCUCUCACUGGGCUGCACUAUGGAGUUCAGCAAGAUCAAGGCGCACUUCUGGAAGCCUAAAGGGCUGGCCAUCGCCCUGGUGGCACAGUAUGGCAUCAUGCCCCUCACUGCCUUUGCACUGGGCAAGGUCUUCCGACUGACCAAAAUCGAGGCACUGGCUAUCCUGGUCUGUGGCUGCUCACCUGGGGGCAACCUGUCCAACGUCUUCAGUCUGGCCCUGAAAGGGGACAUGAACCUCAGUAUUGUGAUGACUACCUGCUCCACCUUCCUUGCCCUGGGCAUGAUGCCUCUCCUCUUAUACAUCUACUCCCGAGGGAUUUUUGAUGGGGACCUGAAGGAUAAGGUACCCUAUGGAAAAAUCAUGAUAUCACUGAUUCUCGUUCUCAUUCCUUCCACCAUGGGAAUCAUCCUCAAAUCCAAACGGCCACAAUAUGUAGGCUGUGUCACAAAGGGAGGUAUGAUCAUCAUUCUCUUGCUCAGUGUGGCCGUCAUCGCCCUUUCUGCCAUCAAUGUGGGCAAGAGCAUCCUGGUUGCCAUGACGCCACUCUUGCUGGCCACCUCCUCCCUGAUGCCUUUUAUUGGCUUUCUGCUGGGCUACAUUCUCUCUACGCUCUUCCACCUCAAUGGACGGUGCAGACGCACGGUCAGCAUGGAGACUGGAUGCCAAAAUAUUCAACUCUGUUCUGCCAUCCUCAAUGUGACCUUUCCACCUGAAGUCAUUGGACCCCUAUUCUUCUUUCCUCUCCUCUACAUGAUUUUCCAGCUUGGGGAAGGGCUUUUGCUCAUUGCCAUCUUUUGGUGCUAUAAGAAAAUCAAGACUCCCAAAGAUAAAGCAAAUACGAUUUACACAGCUGCCACAACUGAAGAAACAACUCCAGAAGCUCUGAUAAAUGGCACCCACAUAAAAGAAGAGGGCUCCCCUUGCAGUCUAGUCCUUCUCCCAGACCAUCACCUUCACCCCAGAAUCUGGUCAGAAAGCAAUUCAGAAAAACAGGAUGGUAAACCAGAGAGCAGCAAAAACAGCAGCCUUGCCUGAGUUUUCUCCAUUUCCAGCAAAACCUAUCACAUCAAGCCUUGGCUGGGAAGACAGAGGGUGUCAACCUGAGAAGCCUCACCUAUCCGUUUAAGAUUUGCUACUUAUUUAAAAAAUAAGACAUGUAGAGUGACUAUAAAUAGUAUGAAGGCAGAAAUACAAAGCGUCUGAUAAGCUUAUUAACUAAUCAAUGAAUGGGUGUUUUAUCCAUUAAUCAAAUACCCAAAUCUCAAGUCUUGUGACCCAGAAGGCAAACAAAAUGCUAAAGAGCACUAUAGAAGAAUACUAUAGGAUUAGACUUCAAAGAUUCCAAGUUCAUUCCUUCCCUUUUGAUAUUUUUGGGAUUAAGACUCUCAAGAACACAGGUAAGAAACCAGCCCGGCAUGGUCACUCACACCUGUAGUCCUAGCAUUCUAAUAAGAAGUCAAAGAGGACAGAUCACUUGAGCUCACAAACUCAAGACCCGCCUCUAAAAAUAGCAGGGCGUUGUGGCAGGAACCUAUAGUCCCAGCUACUUGUGAGUUUGAGGUUGCUGUGAGCAAUGCCACAGCACUCAACCCCAGGGCCAGGGUGACUAAGAUGGUCUCAAAAAAAAAAAAAAAACAAAAAAGAAA